AAAGCACAACUAAUGGAAUGUCCCUGAAUCCAAUUAAAACCCCGGCAAUUUCAGUAACGGCAAAUCUAGGGUUUUGAAUCCGGCAAUUCAGAGCUCUGAGAUGGGAGAUACAAACGGAGGCUCGCUCAUUGAAGAAGUAGAAGACCCUUUCCUGGCGUUCAUCGACUAUGCCAGAGCUGUGAUUUCACCGGAAGAAGACGAAAUCGAGGAUGCCGAGGAGAGCAAGAAGGAUCCCAGCGAAGCCACGGCUGAGGCUAGCGGUCCGGGUUGGGGCUGGGUCGCGUCGCGUAUCUUGAAAACCUGUACCGCUUAUUCGAGCGGUGUCACUGCCGCGAUUCUGUUGUCUGAUCUCUCUCAGGCAUGGCAUGAGCAAAACAAACCAGGAAUGUCAAAGAGGAAGCCGGAACUUAUAGAUCAGAUGAAAAAGAGUCACGGAAUAAGAAGAAGGCUCGCUAAUACUGUCACAAUAGACUCGAUUUACGAGAAGAAUUUUUUGUCCAUGAACAGCGUUUUGGAAGCUGUUAUUAUCAAAGCCGAUGUUCUUCCUGGUACAAACAUAUUCAUGCUUACACUCGGGGAUUUCUGGAGCUCCAACACUAUUGAUCUCUAUCUACAUCGGAGAUAUUAUGAGUUGGUGGAAACACCAAAUGGGAUUCUUAGGAAAGGCAGAGAGGUUUUGGUCACUGGAUGCCACCUUCGUACCGCUAGAGAAGGAUGUGGCACUCCACGGUUACUUCCAACAGAAUAUCUCGUCAUUUUGCUAGAUGAGGACGAAGAUGAUGAUGCAAUCCUCAUAGCAGCUCAAUUUUGUUCGGAUACUUUCUCAUCUGUUUCUCUUGAUGCUUUCAACAAUGGAACUUCAUACUCUUUGUAUGCCAGGAUUGAAUCGAUAGGUCCUCUGGAAUCUGAACUCCAGUUUAGUACUGCGCAUAGAAGGCAAAUUUCACUUGUAGAUGGUGACGGCGCUAGGUUGAAAUUUAUCUUGUGGGGCGAACAAGUCAUCGUGGCAAACCUUAUGAGUGUGGGAAGUGUGCUCGGGCUUGAGAGGCCUUAUAUUUCUAGUCUCGAAGAGAGUGCAAUGGAUGGAAAGGAUGAAUUCUGCCUUGAAUAUGGUAGCGCAACACAUCUCUAUCUAGUGCCGUCAACCUUACAAGAGGAAAUGGUUUGUGUAUCAUUAUCCCAAAAUCAGUGUCAAGGAUCUAAACUGCUUGGUUCAGUAGGAGUUUCGCAGGUGACAUUGCCUCGUGAUGCCGAGGGUUCUAUAGACUUCAGUAAUUAUCCUUUUCGGACGAUUAUAACAGAGAUUCGCGACAAAACCACUGGCAUUAGUCUCUAUGGCGUUGUAACAGAUAUCUUCCAUGAUCCAAAUGCCACAAGAGUGGUCUUUUGUUUGAAAAUUGAGGACACAACUGGAGCAAUAUGGGCUAGGCUUCACUUUAAUAGUUACUGGUCGUUGGGAAGGUUAGGACUUGGUCAUGUCGUUUACGUUUCUGGAUUAUCCUGUAGAAGCACAAGAGAGAAUUGCCUUGAGGUGUCAUGGCACGAGAAGGACGAGAAAGCUACGUUCAUCAACCUUAGCUGCUUGCCUGCAUUUCUGAGCUCUUCUUGUCUUCACAGAAUCUCUACCCUCUCCCAAAUCUCAAAACAGAGAAAACCUGAAAUUAACAUUUGUCGGGUUAAGCUGGAUGAGAUUGACCAAUGCCAUAACAUCAACACGAGAUUAUCGCACAGCAUUUGCGGCCAUUUCAUAGAUGAAGAAUCAUCAUCAUCUUCUUCAUCACAUGGAGGAAAUCUGCAUUGUAGCUUCUGCCGAGUAAGCUGCAACAGUAACGCAGGAUCAGAAGUAGUGAGAACUUUCCACGUAAUGAUAACUCUCGCAGACGAGGAAACCAAACUAUACGCGUGGUGUACGGGUCAGUCCGCAUCAGCUAUACUCCAGAUUUCCCCUGACGAAUUCUGUGAGCUCCCUGAGGAUGAUCAGCUAAUGUAUCCAUCUUCAUUGGAGAACGAGUGGUUCCUUGUGGCUUUAGCCGAAAACAGCGGUAGCCGGAAUUUGGGUUCCGGCCAUCGGUUGUCUCAUGAGACGGAGGCGGCUUGCUGGGAAAUUACCCGCGCUCUCAAGAUUUAAACUACCAUUAUUGAAAGAUCUCAUUGGGUUCUACUUUUUUUAAUUUUUGUUUUUUUUGUUGUUGUCAUGAUGAUUAAAAAAGAAGAACAGAAUCUGACCGUGUUAAAUUAGUCGAGAUGCUGUUAUGAAUUGAGUACGUGGCUUGA